GAGCUUCUUUAGCUAUUGUUAUGUAAUACAGUUUUGAUAUUUUACCACAAUUAUGCUACUAACGUCAAGUAUAUUUUGAAUAAUUUCAACUAUUUAUGGCCCAAAAUCUUUUAACUCCAUGUGAUAAUUGACGAUAAUUAUGGAUGAGUGUACACCUUUUAAAGUAACUCGUAGACCAGUGCCAAAUUUGCUACCUCCACCCCCUUACUGUAGAAAAAGUGACCCUCCUCGAUAUGAUCCUGAUCAACCCCCUACAAUUAUACUGGAAGCUAAUGAUCCAGGGGCAAUAUUGAAUUUAUGUGAAUCACUUCAUGAUGGAAACACACAAGCUUUGGAAUUUAAAAUUAAUAAAUAUUUAAAAGAAGAAACGUUAUCGAAAUGCGUAUUUUUAAUAUGGAUUCAUUACGAUUCUCAAGAGGGAAUCGUGCAGGUUAUAGGAAAAGAGUAUUUAGAAACCAUCAUAAGGAUACCAUUGUCUCAUCCCAUGUUUAAAGAAGUAAUGCUGACUAAAGAAACUAUCCUAUCCAAUACUAAAUUCCUGGAAUAUUUUUUACAACAAAACGUGGAGAAAAUUAAUAAAAAGAAGGAGGCAGAUAUAUUUAUUGUUCCAGUUUUCGAAAAGGGCAUAAACGAAUCUAAUCCCAGAAAGAUUGCUUUGUUAACUUGCUUAGUGAGGUGCAAAAGAGAUGAGUAUAUUGUCACCGCGUUGGUACAUGAGGUCUUUCGAUACUGUCUGACCAUUAUGAUGAAUACCGCGUCGUCCGAAGAAGAAGCCCGAUUAAAGAGACAGUGCCAAUCGCUUCUUAUGGUGGCCAGGAAGUUGUUCUCACACUUGGGCAACAUUAAUGAGUUACUUAGGGAAAUAAUGACCGAAGCUAGAAGAAUAACAAACUCUGAAAGGUGUUCGCUAUUUCUAUUAGAUCCCGAUCACAUGCAUUUAGUUGCCAAAGUGUUCGAUGGUCAUAAAGCAGACGAGAUUAGCAAGGAAGUGAAAAUUGCUAAAGACCAAGGAAUAGCUGGUCAUGUGGCAGCUACAGGAAAAAUAUUAAACAUCAAGGAUGCUUAUAAACAUCCUCUGUUCUACAAGGGGGUGGACAAAUGUACUGGUUUUCGUACAAGAAACAUUUUGUGCUUUCCUAUUAAAGACGACAGGGGAAUUAUUGGAGUAGCAGAACUUUGUAAUAAAAUGGGUGGGGAUUAUGAUUGCUUUGAUGAAGAAGUUGCAAUGGCCUUCAGCAUCUACUGUGGACUUUCUAUCAUGCACUCAUUAGUUUACAAAAAGAUACAGGACGCACAAAUGAGGAGUAAGCUGUCCAAUGAACUAAUGAUAUAUCAUAUGAAGGUGAAUGCAUGCGACGUAAUAAAUGUUUUAAUCUGUGGCAAAUCUCACCACCAUCCUCGUUAUCUGGAAUUUCGUUUCUCACCCAGAGAAAUUCCCUACGGCGAGACCGUAUGUUUUGUGGUGAAAAUGUACGAAGACCUCAAUUUAAUAAAUGCAUUUCGAAUAAAGAAAGAUUUGCUCGUGAGAUUCUUGUUAUUAGUUCAAAAAGCGUAUCGGGACCCACCCUACCACAAUUGGACCCAUGCAUUUUCCACCGCCCACUUUUCAUAUCUCUGUAUCAAAAAUUUCGAUCUUUUGGAGAAGAAUUAUUUAACAGAUUUGGAAGCAUUAGCUUUAAUAACGUCUUGCCUUUGUCAUGAUAUUGAUCAUCGAGGCACCACGAAUUCAUUCCAAAUUCAGUCUAACAGUCUUUUAGCCAGCUUAUAUUCUAGCGAGGGUUCAGUGAUGGAACAUCAUCAUCUUUCUCAAACAUUAUGCAUACUUAAUACAACGGACUGUAAUUUUAUAGAGUCCCUUGAACAAUCGGAUUACGUCAAAUGUCUCGAUCUGAUAAGGGAUCUCAUUUUGGCUACAGAUUUGGCUACCCAUUUUGAUUUGCUGCCGAAACAACAGGAAAUGGCAGAAAGGGGCAUUGAUUUAGAAAGUGAUAAAGACAAGAGUCUCUUCUUGAGUCUUUUAAUGACUGCCAGUGACCUGUCCGAUCAAACAAAAGAAUGUGGCGUAGUGAGAAGCGUUGCUGAACUGAUUUAUACAGAAUUCUUCACUCAAGGUGAUAUGGAAAAGAAUAUGGGCAGAAAACCAAUGGAGAUGAUGGAUAGAGAAAAGGCAUCUAUUGCCGAUUCUCAAGUAGAUUUUCUGGAACACGUUUGCGUCCCAGUAUUUACAGUAUUAGCUAACUUAUUCCCCGGCGCAUCAGUGCUUUUAGAAACGAUGGAAGCUAACACAGAGUAUUGGGAAGUGUCCAAACAAGUUUUCGGUAAAUAUGCUUUAGAAGGAAAAACUUCAUUAGAAGUCUUGACGAUGGCUGGCUUUAAUGCUGAAGUAUUUGAGGCAAUAAAGAAGAAAAAUGAACCAGAGGUAGAAGAAGAAGAGGAGGAAGAAGAAGAGCAAGUUUGACACCUAUCAUGUAUAUUUAUUGUGUUUGUUUGGUUUUUGUUGAAUUUAUGUAAUAUUUGUCUAUUUUCUGAAUUGGAAAUAUAUUUUUUAUUUUUUAACUAAACAGAAUUUUGCAGAAGUUGCCAAUAAUGUGUAACAUUAAACACUGGUAACGAGCAAAAUAAUAAUUUCACGUUGUCAUCAAUGGUAAUAAGUCGUGCUGCUCAAGACCAAGUUUACCAGAUCGAACGGUUGAUAGCUGUGCAUUCUUUUUUUUUUAAGUAGGUGUAUGUAUGUAGCAUUGACGGAAUAGGGCGAGCGCGUAAGGGGAAAUUAGGAGGGAAGAUCUCCUUAACUCUCACUUGUCUUCGUCGUAUUCACGAAAUUACUACCACAAUCCUAUAGUAUAUACUGAGCAGCAAGAUGCUACAUAUCAAAAAUGUUUUUGAAAAUUAUAUGAAUUUUGGAAUCUACAAAUUUAUCAACUAAUUAGAAGAUGCAUAUUGCAACAGGGUGGAACAAUAAUUGUUUAAAUGCUAAGUACUAUAUGUAUAAAUGUUCAAUGGUAAUAAUAUUUACAUCCGUACUAAAAGACACGAUCAUUGCAAUAAAAGACAGUUUUGUUUUCUCCUUUAAGCCAAAAUAAUGUGUAACAUAAAAAUAGUUGUUUUUUUAAGCUAAAAAAUUUAUUAAAGUAUUCUUGUUAAAAUACAGCUUAAUAUAUUGUUUUUGUUAUACUAAUUUUAAGUGUUAAUUAUGCAGCAUUUUCAAAAAAUUAAUAUCCUAUUUAAAAGUUUGUUGUUAAUAAAUUGAUACAGGGUGUGUAAUUGUAAACGUCCCUUUUCUUGAAACUGAGAAAAAACGUUAUUGUUGUAAUUGAUGUAUUUAAAGUAUGAAAACAAAUUAUUUAUGUAAAACCAAAUUGUCCAUUGUCUGGCUUGAAUAAAAAUUAAAAACAAUA